CUAUGAAAUUGCAAAGCUGGCUCGUCGAUUCUGAACGAGCCAUUUCGCGAUGCGUUGGUCUUGGGCUGCGGCAGAACUUUGUGUAUUCCAGCCUUCACAUUCUCAUCAAGACCUGCACUUGCGGCGAUUAAAAAGUGUUCUUGCAAUUUGCAAUGCAUUCAUAGUUUGUGGCAAUUGGGCUCGAGAGACCUUUGGGUAUUUCGGUAUUCCAUUCUCUCUCCUUUCGAUCGCCACCUCCUUGUUGUGUUCAUAAAAUCAGCCUUGGUGCAUCCUGCUACCCUUUAUCUUCUUGUUAUUAACAUCAGAAGCCCAAGAUGACAGUCGCAGCGAUUCAAGCUCCCAUGGUGUCGCUCGCUUCCACAGCUUGCAACAAUGAGCCUCUCUUCUCCCUGUUCUCGGGAGACUCCAGCGAAGUGUCCAUCACCAUCUCUAACAGUGCUGCAUCCUUUGACUGGUCUGACUUUCCCGUCGUCUACCAGUACAACGAAGACAUGCCAGUCCCAUCUGGAGGUUGCACCGAGUCUCCACAGCUCUACUACUCUUCCCCGCAGUGCUCUACCACCAAGAAGAACAUCUGCUCCAAGUUAUCUCCCAUGACAACAGCACCUACAAUGCCGUGGGAACUCGAAAGGGAAUUGGACGACACCAACUCUCUCUCCAUGUCUUCGGAUGAUGAGACUGUUGCCACCGACUCCCAAGUUGAAGACUCCUCUGCGAACCGACGCGCCGACAGAGAGUCUGUGAUCAAGUUUUCUCCCUUUGUGGAGAUUCGAUCGCACGCUGUUGUUUUGGGAGAUCAUCCCUGUUGCAACAGCCUUGCUUUGGAGCUCGCGUGGGAACACCAAGAGGUUCAAGUCCUUGACUUUGAUCUCUACGAGAGCAGCCGUCAAAGCCAAAGACGGAAACUUAGGUCUCUUCGCUUAUCCUACUGGGAACGGCGAAUGUUGUUGGAGCGGUCCACUGGACUCUCGGAACAUGAACUUUUGUUGCAAGAACAGCGAGCUUGGGGAGAGCAGCUGGACAGAGAAGCAGCCAACAGGGACAAGGCUCCUUCCAUGCCUUGCAGCUCUUCCAUUUUGAAAAAGGUCUCUUCGACCAAGACUUUGUCGUCCAUGGACAUUUAGUAAAGCACACGGGCUCAAGGAUACGACGCUACCCUCAUUCGUACAGCCUGAUGUGUUAGUUUUCUGAACAAUACCAUUUCCUUGCUAAGGCACGCGCUACAAUCAUCACACUUCCCUGUACCAAGGUACUAGAUUUUUGAACAACUUUUACUCUACACUAAAACACUGCUAAUUUAUAGGCAUUUUCAACAUUGUU